AUACAAAACUUGGAAUGAAACUCUCUCUACAACUUCAAAUCUAUGCUUACAAGGCACAAAUACUUCUGGAACAAAAUAACCUUCAUACAAUAAGCACAUUUUCAAGCCGAGCGACCUGAAUGAAUGAGGCUCCGCCCCAUCACCCCUCUGAUAAGAGCAGCAACAGUCCAGGGCUGCCAGCGACGGGCAUACGGUUGGGUACCUGAAAUCACCGCGUCUGCAACUCUCGACAGGAGUCUACGGUAACGUCAGAGCCAAGAUGGGGCGGAAGGAGAUCACAUGCAGCUGGAAGAAAAGUGUUAGCAACAUCAAGGACGUGUUCGAUCUCAAAGGAAAAAUGGGAUCGGGGUCAUUCUCAGAGGUUUACAUGGUGAGAGAGAAGAAAACGGGUCAGCUUUAUGCCCUGAAAUGUCUGAAGAAGAAGAACCUUACUCAUAGCAAUCUGGAAAAUGAAAUCAAUGUACUGAAGAGGAUAAAACACGAGAAUGUGGUGGGAUUGGAGGACUUCUAUGAAAGUCGAACACAUUACUACCUCGUCAUGCAAUUGGUGUCGGGUGGUGAACUGUUUGAUCGCAUUUUAGACAAGGGGGCUUACACUGAAAAAGAUGCCAGCAAAGUCAUCAAACAAGUGUUGGUGGCUGUCGGCUAUCUUCAUGAAAAUGGCAUUGUGCACAGAGAUUUAAAGCCUGAGAACCUCCUGUACUAUAACAUGGAUGAGAAUGCUAAGAUCAUGGUCAGUGACUUUGGUCUGUCUAAGACUCUUGAACAUGGAGUGAUGUCUACAGCUUGUGGUACCCCAGGGUAUGUUGCUCCUGAGGUUUUGGCCCAGAAACCCUACAGCAAAGCAGUGGACUGCUGGUCAAUUGGAGUUAUUACAUACAUCCUGCUCUGUGGCUAUCCUCCAUUCUUCGAAGAGAAUGAGACCCGCCUGUUUUCAAAGAUCAUGAAGGCUGAAUAUGCCUUCCAUUCUCCUUUCUGGGAUGACAUCUCUGAGUCAGCCAAAGACUUCAUUCAGAAUAUGAUGGAAAAAAACCCUACAAAACGCUUCACUACUGGACAGGCCCUCCGACAUCCCUGGAUUGCUGAAAACACAGCUAAAAACCUGAACAUAUACCAGUCUGUCUGUGAGCAGAUUGGAAGAAACUUUGCUAAAUCCAAGUGGAAGCAAGCCUUCAAUGUAGCCUCAGUAAUUCACCACAUGAGGAAACUGCACCUAUCCCAGAGCGAGGCCUACCCUUUGCCCUUCUCUCUUCCCAUCGUCGCAGUUGAGUCUUCCUGUCAGACUGACUCAGAGCUGCUGAAACCCUGCUAUGACAAGGACGACCCCCGCGAUCCUAAUGGGAACUCUAUUGUGAUGACUAACCGUCUAUCAAGCACUAAUGCAGAGUCAUGCAGAGGGAUCUGUCCACCCAUAAGAUCUAUUCACAGGGAACCUGGCUGCACGUCCACUGCAGAUCCUACAGAUGAUGCCCAUAGCUUCCAUUCAGAAGGUGACACUCAUUUCAAGCCAUGCCAGAGCUUGGAUGUUGUGGCUCAGAGGAAGGACCAGUCAUUUCAGUCUGGAGUUUGCACAGUCAUGUGAUGAACAGACUCACCAAAGAUGAAGUAUGUUUGGUGGGUCCAUGAUCCUCACAGGCGUCCUCCUCAACAGACCUACUGCUAAACUUCAUCAUACUGCUUGUUGCAGAAACCAUGCCCAUCGAAGUUUAUUCUGUGACUACAGAUUCAAAGACAGUGUGAGGCCGAAGGGCUCGCAACACACUUUAAAUGUUCUUAGCAGAUACUCAUAUAUUUUAAAUAGAUAGAGUUAUACCAAUAUGUAACAACACUCUCGAAGUAUUUGUUUUGUCAAGAACUAGGUGAUUUAAGUAAUAUUUAUAUACCAUUGAUAUUUGAAUUUGGUUGGGAUUGGGAUAGCUUAACUCAUAAUUACUCAGGGUUGUGUCAUUUGUAUUCAGUUUGUUGCUAUUGAACACAACCCUGUGUCUUUGUAUAGUUAUGUUAAUCUAUUUAUGGCUAUGCCAGGAACCUAAUGAAGGCCAGUAAAAAUUCAAAAAAAAUUAUUUAUUCUCUGUGUUCGGACUAUUAUAGUAAAUUUUUUCUUCAUUAAUGAGAACACUUUUUUGUGUGAUCUCCUAUAUUCAUUAUACACAAACACUUAUUUAUAUAGUUAUAACACACUAUUUAUGCCAAUGUACAAAAACAAAGUGGCAACAGCAAGUUAGAAUGAGCUGGUGGUAAAUCACCAAAGAUGAGACUAGAAUCUGUGUGACCCCCUCCCCCUUUUAGUAUUAAGAAAUGAUUUUCAUUCCUUUCUUUCCUUUAUAUAUGACAGUCAUUUGGGCUUGCUCUAUAUUACUUUUAUUAUGUCAGUCAAACUUUACCACAGCAUCACUGAAUCCCAUCAGAUGGCUGUCUGCAGUGCUUUCUUUGGUAUGUCUGUAAGAUGCUCUCUUAAAGUGAUUAAAGUGCCACAAGCUGGUAAAAAGAUGUUGUGUGAACUAGAGAUGCACCGAUCAGAGAUGUAUCGCUGAUUCCAGUUUUUUUCCCCCUAAGCUUUGACCAGCCAAUGAUUACUUUAAAACAUUCCAAUUUUGGGAUCUUAAAACCCUAUAUUUAAGUUUUACAAAUAUUUUAUUGUAGCCUUUGUGCAAUUAAAGUAAUUACCUUUAAGAUCAGACAAUGUCCACAGUAGCUGUGAGACAAAUGAGAUUUUAAACUGACUUUAGUAUUUUUUAUCAGGGAUGAGCAUGGUAGUGUUGUAAAUGACAAACAUCAACGUGUUUCUCCUUGUGCCGGGCAUACACUGUACAAUAUUUUCAGUCGUGGUACUCAUAUACAGCUCAAACUGUACGACGAAACCGCAGGGUUU